CUGAGGGAGGCGUGGUGGUGGUGGCGGUAGUGGUGGGAGCGGAGGGGCGGAUGGGGGAGCCGUUCCCGCUGGGGGCGCCGGUGCCGGUGGAGCAGGCCGUGCUGGAGACGUUCUUCUCGCACCUGGGCAUCUUCUCCUACGACAAGGCCAAGGAUAAUGUGGAGAAGGAGCGGGAGGCCAGCAAGAGCGCCGGCAGCAGCUGGCUCUCGCUCCUGGCCGCCUUGGCCCACCUGGCCGCCGCCGAGAAGGCCUACCACAGCAUGACCUUCCUCGGGCAGAAGCUAGGUGGGCAAUCGUUCUUCAGCCGAAAGGACUCCAUACGGACCAUAUACACAUCUCUACAUAAUGAACUGAAGAAAGUGGUGACAACAGGUCGGAAUGCAUUGGGAGGAACGGCUCCCCACUUAGAAGAACUGCUUUCUCACCUGUCUGAACAGCUCUGUUUUUUUGUUCAGGCUCGAAUGGAAAUUGCUGACUUCUAUGAAAAAAUGUACAGCCUGAGUUCACAGAAAUUUAUCAACUCUGAAGAACUAGUAGGCAUCUUGGAAUCCAUCCUUAGAAAGUAUAGCUCAAGAUUUCAUCAUCCAAUCCUUAGUCCCCUUGAAAGCAGUUUCCAGUUAGAAGCUGACGUGCUUACUCAUCUGUUGAAAGCUCAGGCGCAGAUCUCCGAGUGGAAAUUCCUCCCCUCCUUGGUUCAUUUGCACAAUGCUCACACAAAGCUGCAGACGUGGGGACAGAUUUUUGAGAAGCAACGAGAAACCAAAAAGCACUUGUUUGGUGGACAAUCCCAAAAGGCCGUACAGCCUCCUCACCUUUUCCUGUGGCUUAUGAAAGUAAAAAAUAUCCUUCUUGCCAAAUUUAGUUUUUACUUUUAUGAGGCACUUAGUCGGCAAACAACGCCAUCUGAAAUGAAAGCUUUGACUGCCAAAACUAACCCUGAUUAUUUUGGGAAAAUCUCCAGCUUCAUCAGGAAAUAUGAUGCUGUUAAUGUUUCUUUAAUCUUCGAUAACCGUGGGUCAGAAAGUUUCCAGGGACAUGGCUACCAUCAUCCCAACUCCUACCGGGAGGCCCCUAAAGGUGUAGAUCAGUAUCCAGCAGUGGUAUCUCUGCCCAAUGACAGGCCUGUUAUGCACUGGCCCAACGUCAUUAUGAUCAUGACAGACAGAGCAUCUGACCUCAAUGGUUUGGAAAAGGUGGUCCAUUUUUAUGAUGACAAAGUUCAAAGCACAUAUUUCUUGACUCGUCCUGAACCUCAUUUUACUAUUGUAGUAAUUUUGGAAUCCAAGAAGUCAGAGAGAGACUCUCAUUUUAUCUCUUUUCUCAACGAAAUUUCAUAUUCCCUUAAGAACUCCAAAGCUUUUGCAAGCCUGAAGCCUGGAUCCAAAGGAUAAGAGCACUGGAUGUAUUCAGACUGCAAAGAAACAACAAGUGCUAAGCUUCCACAAGUAUAUGUUUGUGUAUGUUGUCCUUAAAAAAAAGAACAAAGCAGCUAUUUUAAUAUUAAGUAUUUAAUGUUACAAUAUGAAUAUUUAAUAUUAAAGAUUUUUGCUAAUAGGCUGACCAAUAUAAACUGAAUGGGAGGGUAAAAUGAAAAAUACAUAAAUGUGCACUGAAAUUAUCAGGAGGGUAUUUUGUUUAACUGCUGUAUUUUUUUUAAGUUUAUGACACUGAGUUGUCCUUACCAGAAUUGAAUAUAUGCACUUUAUCUUUUGCUGGUCAUUCACCUUGCAUCUGCUGAAUGAAAACUUGGCUUGAAAGGAAUAUGGUGUGAGGAUGUUUUUCCCCACAGGGUCUAUUUCUUCUGCUGUUAUUCGUCAUUCAUAUUCACUGGAAAGUAUUGGAAGUUGGAAGGAAACAAUUGCAAUAAAUUAAACGCACCAUG